GGCGGCACGCACGCCAAGUCCAGCCGCCGCCUAUUGCAUAAUAUUCUGCCGUGGCGUGGUCGCUGCCGCCGAGAGAAGGAACCGUCGCACGCGACAGGUGGUGGCGCGUCGCCGUUUCAUUGAAUCAUUCGCUCGGCGUGUCCAGACGUGCGCGGUGCUCUGUCCACAGACGGGCCACUCUCGUUCGAAUAAGAAAUCGUACGUGUUGGUAUUUCGUCGUCCUAUGGUUUAGUAUUUUUAUUUUUUUUCGUUCUUCGUAAUAUUGACGAUCCCCGAACGGCUGUUGUCUGUUACCUACGUAUAUUGUGCACUAUAUUGCGUUUUUUGAUAUUUUAUAAUUUCCACCAUGCGAAAUCUGCCGCCGCCGCCGUCGCCGAUAGUAUUAUAAUAAUAUCGUUUGGUUGUUCGCACGCGAGACGACCGGAAACAGUACACCAUCAUGAUGAUCAGUUCGUUUCAGAACCUGAGCGGCGCCGCCACCGCGGCCGCGUACAACCCGAUGGCUUACAACCACCACGCCGGCCACGGUCAACAGCUCCAUUCCGUGUACGGCGCCGCUGCCGUGGCCGCGCACCAGGCCGCCUACAACGCCGGCCAGCAGCCGGUGCCUUACCAUCCGGCGGAUUACGGCUCGGCGGUGCCGCCACAGCCGCCCAGGUACUACGAUACGCCCAACAGGCCGGUGACCACGCCGGAACCGCCGAACCGCAAGAAACCCGUUCCGCAACAGCCGCCCGUCCAGUUCACCAGAGUCCAAAGCGGAGUGCCCGGCGGUAAGACUUCAUUGCACGCGGUACUAGACUACGACGAAGAAGAGGAGGAAUCAUUAGAAGAUUAUUACGAAGAAACAUACAGUCACAGAGGAGUGACGCCAAUUCAGGGUCCUAUAUUUUUAAGAAAUGGUUCCGUGCCGGUUGUACCAUUGUACGGUUACCAAAAAGUGAGCAACGGAUCUCUACUACAAAUACCAGUAUUUUGGACUGCUCUUUCGUUUGCCUUAGGAUAUGAAAUUGGUGGAGAUGUGAUUCGUGGAACUCCGUGUAUUAAACGAAACCAUCAAUUGUUUUGUCCGACAGCAGGAAAAAGUUACCCAGUAGACCGAAUCGACAGAUUCAUCGAUGAAAAUAAGGCACUCAUGAAACGAAUGUAUGGUGAUUUCGAAAUGAUGGAGAACGGACCGUUCCCUAAGGCUCGGAAUAGAAGACAAGACUCUAGUUUUUCGGAUAAUCAAUCGAAACCGAAUAAGCUACCGACCAGAGGUCAGCCUGCGGAUUCUGGAAGGAUAGAUUCUUGUGAAUCUAAAGUAGAAGUGGUCACUCCGUAUUGGGCUUCGAACAGCGUGGGUAAAACCAGAGCGAUUGUUAACACCGAACACUUCGAACAAGCUAUUCAUCAAGAAGUCUGCACUAAGACGCUGACGGGACGCUGUUCUGGGGACUGUGGAUGUGAACAAAAGUAUAAAUGGCACAGGCUGUUAGCGUAUGAUCCCGACAACGAUUGUAAAGGGAUAUUUAUGGAUUGGUUUUUGUUCCCGUCUUGCUGUGUAUGUCGAUGCGAUUCAACAACCCCGAACAAUGUUUAGCAAAAAUCGUUAUUGCUCGCAAAUAACUUUGUACUUAUUAUUAUAUUAUAUUAUAUUAUAUACAUAUUACUUAUAGAUAUAUAUUUAUUAUCCUUUAGUAUAGCUGUUUAGGUCUUUAUGAAUAAUACCUACGCUUAUAUUAUAACGUUUCAUAUACAUAUAUUUAUAUUAUAUUCACUAUUCAGCGUCUAUUUAAUAUAAUAUGCUUAGAUACGUACGUCUAUGAAAUUGUCAUAUAAGCAUGUACAAGAAAUUUUUGUUAGGUCUUGGAAGUAAUCCUCUUACCAGUAAUAACUUAUAAAGUUUAAAUUUAUAAUAUUUUAUUAGUACCUGCAACCUAGGUAUAAAAUAUUAUUAUAUUAUGUUGUUUACUUGUGAAAUGUCAUUUUUACUACAGAAUCCGUAAAUUUUUAUUUCUUAAUAACAGUUGUAAAAACAUGAAUUAUAAUGAUUAAUUUAAACAUGUUAGAAAGGUACCUACCUACUUUUAUAUUUCUUUUAAACUACCAAAUACACAGUAUAAACAAGCGUUUAAGUUUUAAAAUAUCUUAAUACUAAGAAAUGUUUUCAUUCAAAAUAAUAUCGAACGGAAUUAAGUGUUUAUAAAAAAUGACUAUGUAUACUUAAAGAUGUUUACAACUGUAUAAAAAUAUUUUUAUGUUAUAAUCAUUUGAUUACAUAUAAAAUACAUAUAUUAUAUUACUUAAACUAUUAACAAAUUUGUUAUUUUGUAAACUUUUUUAACCAUAUUGUAAAAUUGUAAUAAUAGGUAUUUAAUGUGUAUCGUACAUACCAUAAAUAGCGUAUAAUAUGUAAUACUGAUUUUUUUCACAGGUUCUGGUGUCUGUAGUCUGUUCCAUCAUAAGCAAUGAUAAUAACUAUUUACGUUUCUAUUUAGGUACAUGUAGUCAAAAACCAGCAGGCUUUCGUAUGACAUCUUACGCCUCAGCUAAAAAAAAAUUUAAGCAGGCCUAUACAUUGAUAAAUGGGAUAUUAAACAUUUACACCGGAACAGAUAUGAUCUAUUGUAAUAUACUACUUUAUAUACAAUAUACAUAUACCUAUAUAUAUUAUAAAUAUAAUUUAAGCUUCUUUAUAUUUUUAUAAGAUAAACUUCUUUUUUCAUAUAUUUGUUUGUCUCUGGAUUAAAAUAAGAUCCUUAAAUAGUUCAUAGAUACAACUUUUAUUUCAAACACAAUUAAUGAUAAAUCUUCUUUAAUCUCUUUUAGUUAAUGAAUUAUAAUAACAACAAGUAGAAAAUUACGAUUCUAAACUCUAAAGUAUACAAAAUUUGCUUAAUAAUUUAAACAUCGUAAAAAACCCCAUAAGGAAAAUACAGAUGAUUAUAUUAUUUUUAAGUUCGUUAAUAAAUUAAUAUCUAAAUCAAAUAUUAAAUUUAACAAUACA